GCCAUGUUCACGGGUGGUAAGGAGCACUUACAUUGCUGCUCACUAGCACCCGGUAAAACACCGGUCCGGUGGCAUACACAUCCUACUUAGCCAGACCCCUCCCCCGUCAUUCAUUGCGACAAGCGGCAGAAGCACAAAGGCGCUUCAAUUGCUCGCUCCUGCCUCUUCCUCAGAAAAUGUGCAGAAAAAAGAUGUACUGGGGCCGCCAGGCGCAAGCAAGAUGGACAUAGAAACAGCAUUGAAGGUAAGAUGUAUGUCAAAGAAUGUGUUAGUGUGCUUCAGUCAAUAUGUUUGUGUAUGUUUGUCUGUAUAAGUCAUUGUGUGUCUGUAUUGGUCAGAGUGUGUCUGUAUGGGGCAUUGUGUGUCUGUAUGGGUCAGUGUGUGUCUGUAUGGGGCAUUGUGUGUCUGUAUGGGUCAGUUUGUGUCUAUAUGUGUGUCUCUGCAUAAAUCAGUGUGUGUAUAUGGGUCAGUGUGCGUCAGUCUGCAUGGGUCAUUGCGUGUGUGUUAGUCUACAUGAGUGGGUGGAGCGAAUGGGGCUGCAAAAUAUUUUAUUUAUUGUUUAUUAUUAGUCGUUAUAGAACCAAGCAAUCCUCCUAUAAAUCCCAGCCGUCCAGUCAUUCACUAGGGAUGGAGUAGGUGGACGCUAGCUGUUAUCAAUGAUUUUUAAUCUUUAUUAAUGGAACAGCACCAGGCACCCCUCCUAUCAAUUACAGCCAUCCAGUUUAACAGCUAGCACUGAUUCUUAAUUAUUAAUCCUUAGAACCGGACACUGUCCUAUCAGUUACAGCCAUCCACUAACCCUGAGGGAAGUUGCAGUCCGUAGCAACAAGGCUGCAGAGGGAUUCCGUUCUUGUCCUGCUCUAGUUAUGAGAUAAAAUUAAUUUAUGUGUUGAUAUAUUUUAUAUUAUUUAUUUUUAAGUUGACCAGUUGGUGAAGGUGUGUGUGUAUAAGCAGUAUUUAGGUGAUACAAUCCCUUUAUUCUAUACAGUCACUUUAUAAGCAGUGUUUAGGUGAUACAUUCACAGUGUAAGCCGUGUUUAGGUGAUACAUUCACAGUGUAAGCAGUAUUUAGGUGAUACAGUUCCUUUAUGCUCUACAUUCACAGUAUUUUUUGGUUAACCACAUUAGUAUUACAAUCACAUACAUUGGUUGAAUUGGCACAUGGAUACCCAUGUGAGCAGUAAUGCCACGCCAACCCUUAUUACUGACAAUUCAAACAUUUUUCAUAUUACCAUUCACACACAGAAGAAAACACACUAUACUUUUCAUACAUCAAGACUUACAACACAUACUGCUGACCAUACACACCUUUCAUAUCCCCAUUCACCCACACACCAUUCUCUCCAUUCAUACACUACCACAUGUAUUAACUAUGUGAUCACAGUCACAGUCCACAAUGUUAAAACUGCUGUGCAAAUAGUCAGACAGAAGAAGCUUAUUAUGUGUCAGAUCCACUUUAACUUCAGUAUUCCACUCUGGACAUUAGUAUUAAACAUGGACCUCUUCAUCUGACUCGUAUGCCACAGGAGAUCAUGCUUAUCACAGGUGUCACACACAAAAGAAAAAAGAAAAAUAAAUAAAACCACAUUAUUAGAGUGAAUGGCAUAAUUAUAGAGUCAGUAACAAAUAGAAGAAUAUUCUAACAUUAAAAGUGAGAUUAAUAUACAUCAUAAAAGAAAAGGAGGGGAAUGAAAAAACUGAUCUGUGGACAAAUGGUAGAAGAUCAGAAAAGUAUAAUACGGAUGGGUUCACUUUGUCUAUCCUACUGGACUCUGUAAAAUAUUCUGCACAACUCAACCUCUUAAUGCAAUAUAAAUAUAACUUGCGCGUCCUAAUAAAGAAACAAUCCUCAUUGUAUUUCAAAAACUCACUACAAUUUCCUCACCUUUUUGUAUUUUCUUUGUUGUAUUGUUUAGGUGGCCGUAUACUGAUGGACUGACACUGCACCUACAAAAAUAAUUAAAAACACCAUAAUUUGUAUUAUGGUACAACAUGUUAAAAUCUCAGGGAAUGUGUAUUUUCAUAUUUAUUGUUCUGGAGUAAUUAAAUCUGCGUGGAUUUUGAGUAUGAGUACAAUUCUGCGUGACAAAGCUUUCAUGCAGUGUGUGAUAUAACAGACCUUUAAAGACAAAACAAAACAGAGCAUGUAGGUUCACCACAAGGGAACCUACAAUGCUUCCUGGAGAUAUACAUAGUAGUAUUGCUAAAUAUAAAGUAAUUAACCUGUAGCGAAGUAAAUGUCCUCUGAGAUUCUGCAGAACAACAUUGAAAGAAAAUAUAAAUAAAAUACAAUACAAAAAACACCUUGUAUGGUAAACCUCCUAUCUUGAAAUAAGUAUUGUACAAAGUCUCACAAGGCUGGUAUCAAAAUAAAAAGGAGCUUUAUUAGAUAUGGCUCUAUAUAAAACAAAAGUCAGCCCCUGAGAGAACAAUUGAUAGAUGCAAGGAAAGAGAGGUUAUGUAGUCAGUCAGUAUACAUGGCACCAAAUGGAUCUAGCAGUCAAGAUAAGUCAGCCUGUAUGAGGCAUGAUGGGCUAUUUAAAUGAGUCAAAUAAACCCUGUUGGGUGGCCAAAUAGGUAUAUACAAUAUAGCAGAUAAGAGAAAGAUGAAAAAUGCUAUUAUCAGUAAAAGACUGGCAAAAAGUUAAACUGUCAAAGCCUCUCUCCCUGUUACGCUCGCUAGACAGACAUAGGAGGAAAGAUCAAAAGUAAAAAUCAAAGUAAGUAAACCAUCAAAGCAACAUGCUAGCCAUUAGUGAAAAAUAAAGUGCCCAGUGAUAAAACAAAAAGCAAUAAUGCCCAAAACGCGUUUGGGUGCAGAUCUACAUGCACCUUUGUCAGGGGCCCUGAUUUAUUUUGAUACCAGCCUUGUGAGACUUUGUACAAUACUUAUUUCGAGAUAGGAGGUUUAACGUACAAGGUGUUUUUUUUUGUUGUAUUUUAUUUAUUUUUUCUUGUAAUACUGUGCUGCAGAAUCUCAGUGGACAUCAGUGGCGUACUAAGGGGGGGGCGGAGGGGGAGGUCCGCCUCGGGUGCCACCAGGGUGGGGGGUGCCAUGACCAAGAGCGCCGGCCCCCCCAUGUUGCAGCCGCCCGAGCGUUCUGUAGAGAGCCUCAGGCGGCUGCAGCUUUGCCUGGGCGGUGCAUCCAUGAGGGCGCACCGCCCGGGCGCAGCAUGAGGAGAGGGGCUGACAGGUGGCCGAGCCCUCUACUGGUCCGCGGGUACAGGGAGCAUCUGUCUCCUGUACCCGGCCGGACUAACAGGAAGUGCACACUCACUCAAACAAAAGCUCCCUGUACCCGCGGACCAUAGAGCCAAACAGGCACUGGGGGCGGGGCUUAAUAUGGCCCUUACCCACUGCUGUUAGGAGGUGCAGCAAGAUGGAAUCUCUGCUUCUCCACAGGCUUCAGAGAAGGACUUCAGGGAAUCCAGUCCUCCUCCAUCCCACUGUCUGUAAGUAAGUGUGUGUGUCUGUGUGUGUGAGACUGUCUGUGUGUAACUGUCUGCCUGUAACUGUGUGUGUGCGUGUGACUGUCUGCCUGUAACUGUGUGUGACUGUCUGCCUGUAAAUGUGUGUGUGGGGCUGCAGGGAUUUUGUAGAAGGGGGCGGGGGUUUUGUAGACGGGGCAGUACAGGAUUUGUAGAAGGGGCAGGACAGAGGUUUUGUAAGAGGGGCGAGGCAGGACAAGGGUUUUGUAGGAGGGGCUGACAGCGGUUUUGCAAAGUUUACAAAUUGUAAAAAAAAAAAAGAACAAAGAAAACCUUUAACAUUUUUUACAGAUUUUUUUUUGGGAGAAUAGGUGCAAAGCACAGGAUCCGCCCCGGGUGCCAAAUGCUCUAGGUAAGCCCCUGGUGGACAUUUACUUUGCUACAGGUUAAUUACUUUAUAUUUAUAUAUAGUAAUACUACUAUCUAUAUCUCAAGGAAGCAUUGUAGGUUCCCUUGUGGGGAAUCUACAUGCUCUGUUUUGUUUUGUCUUUCUUGAUUGUCUAGGGUUAUGCCAUGAGAGACCCCUGGAGUCUCUCUUUGGUGCCUAGGAGCAUUGGGAACACUUGGACACAUUUCAUUUACGAUUGUGUCUAAACUUGUUAGGUGGCAAAGGAGUGGGGUUACAUAAGGGCACAGGAGGGGAGGGGGCUAAGAGGGCAUAGGAAGGGGAGGGGCCAAAAGAAGAGGAGGGGAGGGGGACUACAGGAGGGGAGAGGGGCUAAAGGAGGCACAGAAGGGGGAGGUAUUACGUAAGGGCACAGGAAUGGAAGUGAGGUGAAAGAGGUGCACAGGAGGGGAGGGAGGUAGGUAAAGAUGUGCCAUCUUUAGGUAGGGGAGGGGCAAAAGAGGGCACAGGAGGGGACGGGGCUAAAGAGGGCACAGGAGUGAAGGGGGCUAUAUAAUGGCACAGGAUGGGAGGGGGCUAAAGAGUACACAGGAGGUGCAUGAGCACUUCCAUCUUUCUACUGCUAAUACCUCUCCCUAUACAACCAGGAAUUCUGCUAGCAUUUCCUGCUGCUCUAUUACAUUGUCUGCCUACCUUUAAGUCCUCAGAAAUAAUCACCCCUAAAUCCUUUUCCUCAGAUGUUGAGGUUAGUAGGGUAUCAAGCAUCCUAUACUCUGCCCUUGGGUUUUAACGUCCAAGAUGCAUUAUCUUGCACUUAUCCACAUUAAAUGUCAGAUGCCACAGCUCUGACCAUUUUUCUAGUUUACCUAAAUCAUUUACCCCGUUACAUAUCUUGGUAUCAUCAUCAAAAAGACAUACAUUACCAUUAAGACCUUCUGCAAUAUCACUAAUAAAAAUAUUAAAGAGAAUGGGUCCAAGUACAGAUCCCUGAGGUACCCCACUCUUACCAUGCUUCGAAUAUACUCCAUUGACUACAACCCUCUGUUGCCUGUCACUCAGCCACUGCCUUAACCACUCAACAAUAUUGGAAUCAAAACUUAAAGGGACACUAUAGUCACCCAAACCACUUCAGCUCAAUUAAGUGGUCUGGGUGCCAGGUCCCUCAUGUUUUAACCCUUCACAUGGAAACAUAGCAGUUUCAGAGAAACUGCUAUGUUUACAUUUGGGGUUAAUCCAGCCUCUAGUGGCUGUAUUCUGAAUUUCGCCUCCAGCGUGCAGAGCGUCCAUAGGAAAGCAUGCGCAUUCCGCUCCAGUGACGUUGGACGGGGAGGAGAUGUCACCAGCACCGAGGGAGCCCGGCCCUGGAUUAAGGUAAGUGGCUGAAGGGGUUUUAACCCCUUCAGCGCCACGGGAGGGGGACACUGAGCGUGGGGGCAGCCUCAAGGCAAUAUAGUGUCAAUAAAACCGCUUUGUUUUCCUGACACUAUACUGAUCCUUUAAAGAUUGCAGUAUAUUGAUAAGCCUUCUAUGUGCAACAGUGUCAAAAGCCUUACUGAAAUCUAGGUAAGCAAUUUCUACUGCACCACCCUGAUCUAUUAUGUUACUUACCCAAUCAAAACAAUCAAUAAGAUUAGUUUGGCAUGAUCUCCCUGAAGUAUACCAUUGUUGUCUCUGAUCUUGAAAUCCAUGUGAUUUUAGAUGUUCAACAAUCCUAUCCUUAAACAUGGUUUCCAUUACUUUCCCCACUACUGAAGUAAGUCUUACUGGCCUAUAGUUGCCCGACUCCUCCCUACUACCUUUCUUGUGAAUGGGCACAACAUUCUCUAACUUCCAAUUUUCUGGGACUACUCCUGUAAACAAUGAUUGGUUAAAUAAAUCUGGUAAUAAAAAGGGUUUUGCUAGUACAAGCUCUUUAAAUAACUGUUGGUGUAUUCUAUCAGGUCCCAUUGACUUAUUUGUCUUUACUUUUGAUAGUUGAAAUAGAACCUCUUCCUCUUUAAACUCACAUGUAACAAAUGACUUCUUCUCCUUUUUCCUAACUGAGGCCCCUUUCCUUCAUUUUCAUCUAUAAAUACUGAGCAAAAAUAUUCAUUGAGGCAGUAAGCUAGACUUUUAUCCUCUUCUACACACCUUCCUUCUUUUGUUUUUAAUCUAACUAAUCCUUGUUUUACUUUCCUUUUGUCAGGGCAUGGAGAGAUGGAAAGGGAGAAAGGGCAACGGUAGGGGGGAGGAGAAUGAGGUGGGGGGAGGGGAACCAGGUCACAGAAGGUUGGAACGUGAGGGGACCAUAUUCGGGAGAUGGUGGGGGGUGGACCGAGGUGCAGCAAUAUUAAUGUGAUGUAAAUAUGUUUACCCUGUUACACUGUUACUUAUUCAUGUUAAACGUUGAAAUUGAUCGCUCUACAUAACACUAGUAAACUGCAUUGGAGUGGGGGGCGGUGUGGGAGGACUACCCACGAACACACUCACACUUAUCCUGUUGGUCGGGGUCGGACCGCACACCUCAAACCACACUCGUGCUUCUCUUUGAACGACAGGGCCCUGGCUCUGGUUACCGGUGCGGGGUCUCAGCGCACUCUGUCGCAGCACGAGGCACCUCCACAGAGAAGGUGGCAUAAUCGAGAAAUCCCUAGUCUCGGCUGCAGUGCCUGCAGAAAAAGGCAACUCACUCUUUGUUUUCCUUUUCUCCUUCUCUCUCUCCCUCUUUCAUCCCCCUCUUUUCUCCAUUCCCCCAUUCUUAUCAUUCUGCUCAGUCUCAACUCCCCCAUCCCUGGGCCAGUCCGAUCUUGCCUCUUUUAUUGAGCUUCUGAUCCAAGUUGGGGGGCCGGGACCCUCACGAGGGUCUCCCUGGAGUGAAGGAGGGGAGGUAGGGUGAGGGGGGCAAAAGUAGAUAUAACAAUGGACAUUAGUGAUGGGCGUAGGAGCGCUGAUGCGUACCGCCCCGCUCCCCUGUCUGUCCUCACCCUCAACUGUAGAGGGUUAAAUAUACCUGAAAGACGGACCCACUUGCUUCGGGAACUAAGGAAACGUCGCAUAUCAGUCGCAUUGAUACAGGAAACACACUUCCGAAAGGAAGCUGCCCCCAAGCUGCAAAAUAAAUUCUACCCGACAAACUACUUUUGUGAUCAUCCAACGGCGCGAAAGACGGGAGUAGCCAUCCUGAUAGCGGCGGACUUGGAGUUCCAGGGACUGGACAGCCUGCUGGACAUACAGGGUCGCUUCCUAUAUUUGAAGGGUACCAUUGCAGGCAUGCUUUACACCUUCGCCAAUAUAUACCUACCUAAUAAACGACAGGCUGAAUUCCUCAGUGGAGCACUGAAUAAACUAAGCAACUUCUCAGAGGUACCCUAGUCCUGGGGGGAGAUUUUAAUGUCCCGCUGGAUCCCAUCAUGGACUCCUCGACGAGUCACAGCAGCAUCUCACAACUCCAUAUACGCUCCAUGAAGAGGGCUCUCGGUGACAUGGAACUUGUGGACUGCUGGAGGACCCUCCACCCCACCACCAGAGACUUUACAUACUAUUCUGCACUGCACGAUCGAUACUCUCAUAUCGAUUACAUCUUUGUCCGACAGGUGGGCCUCCAGCGGCUGCUUUCCGCCAGGAUGGACCCCGCAACGUGGUCGGAUCAUGGUUCAUAGUGAUUGAACUGGAAUCACCCCUCUUUCGGCCCUCUAAAUGGAUGUGGAGGCUUAAUGAGGCCCUCCUUCUUGACCUAGACGUCCGCGAAAAGGUCACCCAGGCAUUGGAACACUACUUUCAGGACAAUGACGGGCAGGGGACCUCCCCAAUUUUGAUUUGGGAAGCACAUAAAAGUGUUAUCCGGGGUACGCUUAUUGGAAUCGCCUCCCAAAAGAAAAAGAUAGCGACGCAAGAGAUGGCAGACCUAUACAAAACAAUCUCGGUACUGGAACAACGACACAAGCAGUCCCGACUGAUGGAGACAUACGGAGAACUAAUGCAGGCCAGAAGGCAACUGAAGGACAUCCUUACGAAACGCUACCUCCGAUCCUUACAGCGAUCUAAGGGGUUCUUCUACGCCCACGCCAACAAAGGGGGUAGGUACUUGGCACGUCUUCUGAAGGGGAACGCCCCACGCACACAGGUACAUAACCUGCGCCUCUUAUCGGGUGCCAUGUCGAAUCUCCCGAACAAAAUAGCAGAGGAAUUUAGGGAAUACUAUCAAACACUCUAUGACAUACACGCACGAGAUAGACGAGAUGCGGUGGACACGGAAAGCACUCGAAUACAGGAAUACCUGGAGGAGGCUGUCACGUCUACGAUCAGCCCAGAAGAGGCGGAAGCAUUGGACACCCCGAUUACAACAGAAGACAUCAUAGCAGCCCUGAAAUCGACCAAAAUGGGCAAAGCACCAGGCCCAGAUGGCUUCUCCACAGGGUACUACAAAACCUUUUCAUUGAUAUUGUUGCCGUGGUUAACGAAAGCCAUCAACAAACUCGCAGACGGAGGGAACUUAGCAGCCAUAAUAACUGUCCUGCCGAAACCUGGGAGGGAUCCGACGGAGUGUGACAACUAUCGCCCUAUCUCCUUGUUGAACGUGGAUACUAAACUGUUCACAUAGGUUCUGGCGACUAGGCUCCAAUCCAUCCUACCAGCUCUGAUACACGUAGACCAAACCGGAUUUAUACCAGGACGGGAGGCGCGAGACAGCACCUUACGGACGUUCGCGAUACAACAUAGGGCGGAUAGCAGUUCUUAAAAUGAACGUCCUACCCAGGCUUCUAUACCCGUUUCAAACGCUACCACUGACCAUACCUGCACCCUUCUUCUCUGCGUUAAAAUCGGCGGUCAUUCGCUACGUUUGGAGAGGGGAGAAGUCGAGGCUCCGACAUGACAUCCUCUGCCUACCAAACAUCGGGGGGGACUGGCACUACCCGAUUUUAAACGAUAUCACCAAGCCACUGUCUUACAGCGCAUUCUGGAGUGGCAUAUACACACAACACAAAAGCAAUGGGUAGCUCUGACCAAGGAGAGACGAGGGGCCCACCUGCAAGCCGCCAUAUGGAUGGGGGGGCGAGGAAUAACAGCGAUGGAGAGGAAAGGAGCCUGAUAGCGCAAACUCUAACUAGCUGGAGACUCGUGAGGGAACAACCACAUAUCUCACCCAUACCCAGCCCAUUGAUCUCUAUUACUGAUAACAAAGCGAUUGGGGAGGCAUACCGCCAGAGGCAUGGCCCUUCGCAGAAGGAAGGGAGCAUGUCCCCACCUCCACAAUUCUGCAGGACGGCACCCUGCGGACCUUAGAAUCCCUGCUGGGGGAUACGCCCCGCUCACCAUUGAUAGUGCUGCGGUACAUACAGGUGAAGCAUUAUUAUGACACAACACACAAUAAACACCACCUACACAGGGACCUCACAUGGUUUGAAGCGACCUGUGAAAAGGGCUUGCCACUGGAGAAGGGGAUAUCCACUCUCUACCAAUACCUCCUGGUGGGACACCUGACAAAGAAUAACACCUUUCGCAGGCAAUGGGAGACGAUGCUGGAUACUCCCUUUACGUCCCAAGAAUGGGAUAAGGCGUUGCUAUGGCUCACCAUUAGCUCACAAUACCAAGAAAAAAAACUAUAAACUGAUCGCGCUAUGGUAUAGGACUCCGAUGAUGCUAAACAGGAUCUUCCCAACAAUACCCCCGACGUUUUGGAGGUGUGAGGAGGAGAGAGGCACGACCCUACACAUAUGGUGGGAAUGUAACGUGAUUGUCCCAUACUGGGAGAUGAUUCGACAGAAAAUCCUGGGGGAGACGCCAGAAUGGUCGCCAGCCCUAUCGCUCCUACAUAUCUCGGAGAUGUCGAUAGCGACAUAUAAAAAAAACGAUUUUGCGUCAUCUGCUCAACGUGGCGAAAGCCCUAAUCUCGGUUUAUUGGAAGAAAAAAGAGACACCUCGAGUAGAAGGGUGGAUUCACAGGGUAGGGGACAUUCAGGGAGCGGAGGCGGUGCAGGCCUCCUUGCUCGGAAGGGGGGACAAACACGCAGAGAGAUGGCAACCAUGGUUUGUAUUUAUGUCCUGUAACCGUUAGGACGGAAGGCGAGUUGGGGGGGGCACUCGUGAAGUGGCUUAGCCCAAGGGGCAUGACCGGACUGUGUACCCUACCCCACCCUGGCCACCCAUGAUGGAGACCCUAGGACCACUGUGUCCUAUAAAACUCGGGUGGAACCGGAGUCCUAGUGCUUUUGCUUUCUCUCUCCUUGCAACUUCACUUCAGACUAUCGCUCUUUAACCUUACACGUACGCGUAUAUUAAGAUUACAAACAUGCAUGAGAUGGACCGAGGCACAUGCCCUGAUGGGGACCACUCUAGGUAUACAUAGGAGGAAUAUACGAACACCCUCCAUUUUUGAAAGCCACAAACCAUACUCUUGCCCCAGGGACAAUCAUAGACACCUGGGAGACUGAGCAACUUAGAGGGCGACGGCCAAUGGAUCAAUAAGCUGUAAUGCAAACCUCAUCCCUAUGUCUGGGAUCGCUUGUGCUGUUGGCGAGCGGUCCGGAUGUGACCGGAACAGAUUCGCUGUUAAACUGGUGCACACGAUUUGACCAAGAACCCGCAUCCACAUACUGCCAGCUUGACGACAUAAUCCAGUGGGUUCAAGGGGUGGACCACAUUAGAAGGGUGUGAGGUUCUUAAGAGAGGUCCAAAACCCUAUAAGUAGGCAACAGGGGGAGAUGGGAGAAAGAUGUCUUCAACCAUAUUAAGUUUGUUGAUCUCUGACUGUUAGCAAUGCAUAUACCUGUGAGGCCCAAACCUGCCAGGAUCUUCGGAUUGUAUACUUCACAUGAAGCAGAUCUUAAUGCCUUAUAAACAAAGGGGGCCUGCGAGUCCGUGACACAGUUUUUGUCUGUAUUGAUCUUUAUGACCUUCGUCUUCUAUAAACAAUAAAACAGAUUUUUUUUAAAAAAAACAGUUUUGUCCCCUUUUUUUACUGACUGUGCUAUUUUCUCUUCUGUGUGUGAUUUGGAAGCUCUUAUAACUUGCUUAGCCUCUUUCUGCCUAAUUAAGAAACAAGGUUGGAAGAAUUAAAUUGCAACUAUUCAUAACACUGGAUAAACCUGAGAUACUUGAGGCAAUUAUUCACCUUAUUCACCUUAAUAUUGGCCAAUAGUGGCCAAUUAGUGUGUCUUUGCUAAAAAAAAACGAAAAACAAAAAAACAUAUACAGUCAUACACUAUGUUCUGCUUUUUACUUUGAUUUUUUUUUUCUACCAAUAUACCCCUAAAUGUAUACAUUAACUUAAAGUGAACCUGUCAUUCACAAGUCGUCUGCAUGGCAGGUUCAUAUUCAGGAAGGUAAUCUAUGCAUUGUGCUGAAUCACCAGCAGGUGUAUAGGUUAAAGAUAUGCUUACCUAAAGCUGACAGGGGCACGUUAAUGAGAUAUGUCUGCAAACCCAACCUGAAUGUAACAGCAGCAGCCAGCUUUAAGCAAAAGAUAUUGCAAAUGCCAAGGAUUUUUUUUUUUUUGCAAUUAAAUGACGUACAAUGGUUUGGGGGCAUAUUCAUUGAAAUACCAGCUAGGUGAGUUCUUAGUCACAUAAUUCACCCUCGGGUAUAAUGGCUAAACAUGAAUUUGCCAACAAGAUAACCUUCUUCCUGAAAGUGGAAGAGCUAUAUCAACAGAGAAGACCAUGUAAACAUAAACAAUCAGACCAGGACAUAUGUUCAAGAAUAACAUAUUCCCUUAUUGGUUAUCUAGUACUACAAAUGUUUAAAAGUACUGUAAAUAUAUUGCAUACAAUGCUGCCUCUUGAAUUUUUUUAAGAGGCAACAGUUCUCAGGAUUCUUUUAAAAUGUAGAAAAUAUGUUCUUGUAAGAUGAGUACAAACUGAUCAAACUAGUUCGAACUGGUCACGCCAAUUCUAAGCUCCGGGCAGAAUUCAACAAUUGUACUUACAAUUAGCAGUUUUUACCCUCAACUAGGUCUCUAAUCCAAAAGCCGUUCACAGAAAACACAAUGGGCAAAAACUUCAUGUAAUCAGUAAUGAAUUGCCAUAAGGAAUUACUAGAUCUCCUUGUGAGCUUGAUCUGCGUGCACUGGAGUCAUAUACUAUUGGUACCAUUAACAAGAUCCCUAAAAGAAUGGGUCUGCAUUAGACAAUCAGUGGUAAGGAUGAAGACGCUACUGCAACUAAGAGUGACAUGAAGCCCCUUUUGACAAAUAGUUCCAUCAAGCUGAAAAUGUACUUGUAAAACGAUUGAUGAAUUCCCUGGAAGGCAGAAUCCUGGCUAUUCAUGAAGACAUAUUAAGAACGCACACUAUGGUGGCCAAACUAGCAUCAGCUACUUGCCAAAUUCAUACUACACAGGUUAAGUUAUCAGCCAAAUUGGCCAUUUUGAAGCAUAGCAGAAGGAGAGAGAAUGUGAGGAUCAAAGGCAUAACGGAAGCCCUAGGCCCAGUAGAGUAAAUGCAUUUUGUCAGGAGACUACGUUCUCACUUUCUUCACCCAAAAGCAGCCUAAAUGGAUCAGUUGAACAGCAGGUUUUUUGGACAAAGUGCAAUGUUUCGAUCCCACAAGGGAUCUUUCUGAAGCCCUUGUGGGAUCAAAACAUUGCACUUUGUCCAAUAAACCUGCUGUUCAACUGAUCCUUGAUUGCCUAGACCACAAUUUUGUUCAACUACUACAGGAGGGGUAGCCAACCCCAGGUCUGACUGCAUCACGAUUCUAAUAAGUGUGCGGUAUUCCUCCUUUUUUGUUAUAUAAAUGUUGAUCGUAGACCGGGUGUUAAGAGUCCCCAAACUAUAGGAAGCACCAAUGUGGUAUUCCAGGGAUGUUGCGAUCUGUUUUCUGAGCAAGCCAGUACAAAUUAUCCAAAUGCAGGCAGUUAGGAAUACACUUUAUUGUUAAUUUUGGAAUUUAACCCUCUCUUUGUUUGUUUUUUUAGGCAUAUCUCCCCACAGACAAUGAAUAUAUAUCACCAUGAGGGACCACGCAGUAGCUCUGCUAUCGCGCUCCAUAAAAAUGGGGUUAUUCUUACCGCAUAACAGUCACUAAAGGGGACAUUACUGAGCAGAUGGCAGACCCUACUGAGAUUUACCCUACUGAGCUUUGUUGGCCUAAUUGGGUAUCCAAGAAGGAUGGAAAGCAGCAUCAGCAAUAAUGUCACCGACAGCUACUCACAGAGGGGAUGUUCCUAAUGUGAUAGUGUUAUGUCAACUACCUUGCAAACACAGCACUGAACAACUGAUGGGCCUCAGCCGCAUUCAAGGGCUGUUCCUGUUUUUUGUUUUUUGUUAUCAUUUUCCAUAAUUAUAUUUUGUGUUAUAUUUGGUUUCUUUUUCCUAAGUUAAAGUAACACUAUAGGGUCAGGAACACAAAGUAUUCCUGACCCUUUAGUGCAAAACCCACCAUUAAGGUGGCUUGCCCCCCCCCCCCCCUUACAAUCCUUAAAAGCAUGAAAAAUUCACCUUAUUUCCAGCACCGUGCGGGUCUGCCGCACUGGCCCCGCCCCCUUGGUGACAUAAUCAGAAUUGCAGAUUUUUAAACAAUCCAAUGCUAAAAUCAUCAAGGGGGCUGGGCCAAACACCGUUUUGGCCAAUCAGCACCUCUUCAUUGAAUCAGUGCAUCUCUAAGAGGAAAAUUCAGCGUCCCCAUGCAGAGCGUGGAGACGCUGAAUGGCAGUGCUGCCUACUGUGUAGCACUGAGCCAGGAAGCACCUCCACUGGCCAUCUGAGGAAAAGCCACUUGGAGGUAUCCCUAGGGGUAAUGUAAACACUGCCUUUUCUCUGCCUGCAUAUAAUGAUUAUACUCACUAGAACAACUACAAAACGCUUUCGUUGUUCUGGUGACUAUAGUCCCUAUAGUGACACUAUAGUCACCAGAACAACUACAGCUUAAUGUAGUUGUUCUGGUGAGUAUAAUCAUUCCCAGCAGGCAUUUUCAUGUAAACACUGCCUUUUCAAAGAAAUGGCAGUGUUUACAUUGACCCCUAGGGACACCUUCCAUGGCCAUUCCAUGCUCUGCGUAGAGACGCUGAUAUUUUCUCAUAGAGAUGUAUUAAAGGACCACUCUAGGCACCCAGACCACUUCAGCUUAAUGAAGUGGUCUGGGUGCCAGGUCCUUCUAGGCUUAACCCAUUUUUUCAUAAUUAUAGCAGUUUCAGAGAAACUGCUAUAAUUAUGAAUGGGUUAAGCCUUCCCCCUAAUCCUCUAGUGGCUGUCUCAUUGACAGCCACUAGAGGCGCUUGCGUGCUUCUCACUGUGAUUUUCACAGUGAGAGCACGCAAGCGCCCAUAGAGCAGAGCGAGACGCUGAAUGGCAGUGCUGCCUACUGUGUAGCACUGAGCCAGGAAGCACCUCCACUGGCCAUCUGAGGAAAAGCCACUUGGAGGUAUCCCUAGGGGUAAUGUAAACACUGCCUGCUCAUAUAAUGAUUAUACUCACUAGAACAACUACAAAACGCUUUCGUUGUUCUGGUGACUAUAGUCCCUAUAGUGACACUUAGUCACCAGAACAACUACAGCUUAAUGUAGUUGUUCUGGUGAGUAUAAUCAUUCCCAGCAGGCAUUUUCAUGUAAACACUGCCUUUUCAAAGAAAUGGCAGUGUUUACAUUGACCCCUAGGGACACCUUCCAUGGCCAUUCCAUGCUCUGCGUAGAGACGCUGAUAUUUUCUCAUAGAGAUGUAUUAAAGGACCACUCUAGGCACCCAGACCACUUCAGCUUAAUGAAGUGGUCUGGGUGCCAGGUCCUUCUAGGCUUAACCCAUUUUUUCAUAAUUAUAGCAGUUUCAGAGAAACUGCUAUAAUUAUGAAUGGGUUAAGCCUUCCCCCUAAUCCUCUAGUGGCUGUUUCAUUGACAGCCACUAGAGGCGCUUGCGUGCUUCUCACUGUGAUUUUCACAGUGAGAGCACGCCAGCGUCCAUAGGAAAGCAUUGUAAAUGCUUUCCUAUGAGACCGGCUGAAUGCGCGCGCAGCUCUUGCCGCGCGUGCGCAUUCAGCCGGCGGGGCGUAACGGAGGCGGAGAGGAGGAGGAGAGCUCUCCGCCCAGCGCUGGAAAAAGGUAAGUUUUUACCCCUUUCCCCUUCCAGAGCCGGGCGGGAGGGGGUCCCUGAGGGUGGGGGCACCCUCAGGGCACUAUAGUGCCAGGAAAACGAGUAUGUUUUCCUGGCACUAUAGUGGUCCUUUAAUUCAAUGCAUCUCUAUGAGCAGGUGCUUAUUGGCCAAGACUGCGAGUAGGUAUAUGAGAAUGAUCUGUCAGCCUUGUUAUCUGGUGUUUUGUACCCACAUUUUUCUUUACUGGGAACAUUGUCACCAUUAUCACUUACCUACUCGUAGUUUAUGCUUUAUCUUGUAUAUGUUCAUUUUACUUUUGAUCCACUCUACUUGCCAAUUAUCACCAUGCUGUCUGUUCUAUGUUAAACUACUGUCUAAGUGACACAUUACUGUAAUACCAAAAUUUGUGCAGAGUUUCAGGCAUGUAUUGCGCCCUCAUAUCUACACUCACUAAUGCUUAUCUAUACAACGUCAAUGCUUCUCUGUGUUACUUGUAAUGCACAACAAAAAUAAAGAAUUUAAAAAAAAGGUCAAUUAGAAAGCAAUAUAUCAUUAAACGAACACUACUUUACAAAAAAUAUGCUCACCUUGUGAGCUUAGAAGAACCUGGAUCCUGAUAUAAAACAUCUCAGGUGUUUAAUAUGGGUGACACCAACCCCCUUGUAUUACCUCAAGAACUUGAAGUGGCUGCAAAAGAUGAGUAUGCAUAAACUCUUUAUUAAAUAAUUACAUUAUCAAGCUAAAACAUUAAAAACAAUUACAGUGCAUAAUCCUCCUCAUCCGAAACUCGUUUCACCAACAGCUUCCUCAGUCGGCUGUAUCAUCGAUUGAGGAAGCCUUUGGCCAUUGGCGGAAUGCCUUUUGGAUGAAUAUGAUUUGUCUUAGAGUCUCUGCGGAAUCUUUUCCUGCCACUUCAAGUUUCUGAGGUCAUUAGGGAACAUGUGAAUCAAUGACCUACAGCUAAAAGUAGUUGAUAAAUGCUUUUUUUUUUUUUUUUUUACUAUUUACCUACUGACAGCACUAGCAACUAGUAGGCAAAUAAUUUAAAAAAUAAAAAGCAUAUCAGGCUCAAUAUCACCUUCACAUUAUUAUAAGAGAAGUUUUAAACCUGCCUUAUGGCUUCACCCACCAUGCCGCAGGUCAGGGCAUGUCUACAAAACUAGGAACAGCCAGCAGCUGCUCACUGUAGUGAAAAACAACAAUUAUUGCCCCAUUUAUUGCAAAAUAAAAGGGGGAGCAGGAUAUGUAGGCAUCUGGUGGGGGCUUAAAAUUAAAUGAUGGAGAGUGGACUGGUUAUUGUCUACCUCCUUGCCUCACCCAUAAGCAGCUGGUGGUGGCAAAUUAUAAAUUACACGGGGGACUUAGUUCCGUCCCCCAAACAACACCCAUAGGUGGCAAGUGGAGGCUCUAUUAAAUAAUAAACAGAGGGAAACCUCCCCACUCGUAGGUGGAGGUUGUUAAGGCUAUCAAUUAAAUAAUAAAUGGGAGGGCACAGUGUCCACUCCAGCUCCCACUUAUAGGCAAGAUGAGAGCUAUUAAUACGUACAUAGUUACGUAGGCUAAAAAAAAGAAUUGUGUCCAUCAAGUUCAGCCUUUCUCACAUCUGAUUUUGCUGUUGAUCCAAAAGAAGACAAAAAAUCUCAGUUUUAAGCUCUUUACAAUUUUAAAACAAAUUAGGAAAAAAUAUUUUCUCAACCCCAGAAUAGUCAGAUCUCUUCUUUGAUGAAAAAGAUUAUUUAAUUAAAUAAUAAAUGGGGGGCAGUGGCGCCUGUACGCCUGUACCAGUGCCCACAAGCUCAGGAGGCUCUUCGGGUGGCACAUACACUUAAGGCCACUCAAUGGACAUAUUUGACCAGAGGCCUGGUCAGGUGCUGCGGCCCUUUAACAGAACAAUGGUGCUGGGAGGAAGUGAGUACAAGUCACUUCUUCACAGUGUACCAACAAGCCAUGUGGGAGAAGGAGAGAGAGGAAGGAGUCCGAGAGCCAGGACCAGAGGAGGGAAAGCCUGCCCAGACUCCCAUCACACUCAACCAGGCACCAUUGGACUCCAGAUAGCCACCCUCUUGCACCAAAAAGGUAUGGAAGCAGGGGGUGUCUAAAAAUAUGCAAUGUUAUCUUUGAGGGUAUAAGUCUGUGUAUGUGUUAUCUGUAUAUGUGUGUUAUCUGCUGUGGUAUGUGUGUGUGCAUGUGUUUUCUCUGUGUGUGUGUGUGUGUGUGUGUUAACUGUGUGUGUAUGUCUUAACUGUGUGUGUAUGUUAUGUGUGUCUGUGUAUCUGUGUGUCAAUGUGUGCCCCAAGUAUGUGUGUGUUUGUGCAUCUGCAUGUGUGUCAGUGUUUGUUUCUGUGUGUCUGUGCAUCUGCUUGUGUGUGUUUCUGUAUCUGUAUGUGUGUCAGUGUCUGUGCAUUUGUAUGUGUUUUAGUGUGCCUGUUUAUUAUUAUUAUUAUUAUUGCAAUUUAUAAAGCGCACACAGAUUCCGCAGCGCUGUACAAUUAGUUGAGAAACGUACAAUAUACACAAACAAAUACAAGAGGUAAGAGAUCGUUAUCUGCAUGUGUGUAUGUGUAUUUGUAUGUGUGUUAGUGUUUGUCUGUGAGUGAGUGUGUGUGUGUGUGUGUGUGUGUACCAGUAUGUGUGUGGCAGUGUAUUUGUAUGUGUGUCUGUGUAUCUGCAUGUCCGUACCUGUAUAUCUUUUUGUGUGUCAGUGUGUGUAUCUGUGUGUCUGUGUAUCUGCCAGUGUCUGUGUGUGUGUAUCUGUGUCACCCGAUGUGUAAGUGUGUGUCUGUAUAUGUGUGUGUGUAUCAAUAUGUGAGUGGCAGUAUAUUUGUACGUGUGUCUGUGUGUCUGUAUAUGUGUGUGGGUCAGGGUGUGUCUGUGCAUCUGCAUGUCCAUACCUGUGUAUCUUCAUGUGUGUUAUUGUGUGCAUCUGUGUGUCUGUGUAUCUGUAAGUGUUUCUGUGCUUGUGUGUAUCUGUGUAUUCAGAUGUGUCAGUGUGUGGCGGUAUACCCAUAAGUACAUGGGUUACUCACACCUCGGUUGUUCCUUCCCAGUAUAUAUAGCUCCAGAAUGAUUAAGCUCUCCUGCAAGAUGUAGCGCUGUCUCAGUGUAAGAGGUGUGUCUUUGGGGAGAGUUGUACUCGGCUUAGGUGACCAGAGGGUCCAUCACAGUCUGUGUGUCUGUAUAUGUGUUUGUGUACGUGUAACAGUGUGUGUGUGGCAGUGUAUAUGUGUAUACAUCUCAGCAUUCAAACUCCAACACAUAAAUACAUCCCUGCAUUCAAAUGUCAACAUUACAUAGAUUACACACACGUAAACCAAUGCUUUCAAAUGGCAACAUUACAUAAAAACAUACAACACUACACACAAAUACGCCCCUACAUUCACACACACAUACUGCAUACAUAAAUACGCUUAUAUUCAAACAUGCAAACACUGCUCAGUUCUAUGUACAACACUGCAAGGAUGAGCAAAUGCUAGAUCCCCAGUUGGCAAAGCAUUGUGGGAGUUGUGUGACAGGCAGGCAUCUACCUUUUUUCCAUCCUUGUGAUGGGGGGCCCAAAAUAAUUCUUUCACCAGGGCCCUCUCUACUUUAGUUCCGCCACUGAUGGAGGGACAUGGUGACAUGGCAGGAACCAAUGAUAAUUAUUGACAGGUUAAUUAAAAUCAAGGCCCAAAUGUCUAUAGCAGUAAGGGAACGGUAGGUGGGAUAAAAUGCAACAAACAGUGCAGGCAGGUCACUCUAUAAAGGGAUCACUCCCCAAUCCAACAAAUGUAAAAAACAAGAAGAAUAUAAAAAUACACAAGUGAGUGCCCUCACUUGUGUAUUUUUAUAUACCAAAUGUGUAUAGUACUGAGAAAAAAAAAUGAUUUUACAAAAUAAAAAAAGAAGAAAGACAGAGAAGGUCCAGAAAUGACGUGAAUUCACCACAGAAUUGCACGUGGCUGUAAUGGAACACUCCAGAACAUACAGUUUUCGCAAUCCAAUAAUUAUACUUUCUCAUCAUCAUUCUCAAUUCCAUCCGACUUAGGCUCAGAAGAUAAAUCCUUAUCUGCUUAAACGCUUCUGAUCAGCCUUCUGCAAGCAAUAUGGCAUGAAUUGUGAUGUUUCUGCCAUUGUGAUAAGGCAAAGUUCCACUUUCACAUUAUCCAUCCAAAUCUGUUUGAUAGGGCCAGCAGUGAUAGGCUAUACGCACUGAGGGGCAAGUUAGCUACACUGAUCUACAUUUUACAUUUUUGCAAAUCAGUAUUUAAUGUAACACAAAUCACUGUUUAAUAAAUAAGCCUCUUUCAGUAGUGAAAAUACUUUUAAGGUAAUAAUUAUUAAAGGUGGUGACUGGCAAUAUAUAACAUUGUAAUUAGUUUAUCUUCAUUUGUAUGUAUCAGGUAUCCCAUGAUAUGUUGUAAAUAAAGAAAGGCGGCACAUAUCUCAGUAAUAAAGGAAUUGUGGACAGUAACGUGCAAACCAAGUAAAACAGCUCACGGUGGCUUCUAUUUCCUGUGGAGCUGAAAAAUUGAACGCUAUCAAUAAUAAAUUAUAGGUAUUGGGUACAGCUAUCUGUCAACAUGGCCUGAAAUAACCCUAGAUCAACAUCACUCACACCUUUUGGAACCAAUAUUUUUUUUUUUAAGUGACCAUUUUCCAUUUCUCUCACAUAAUUAUUACUGUAGACUUUUGUAAAGGUACCAUAACCACUACAGUAUUCUGUCUCCUUUGUCCCCAUUCAAUUAAAUGAAGACUAGGACUACAACAUGUAUUGGUCAGGCUUUUCCCACAUUCCUACUCCGAGCUCGCAUUAGGAUUAAUGGCUGCGCUCGCAUUAGGAUUUCCCCAUAGGAAAGAAUUAAUCAAUGCUUUCCUAUAGGGAUUCCGUCCAGCGUCAAUUAGGCAACCAAAAGUCGUCUUAGCACCCGGAAGUCCCUCUAGUGUCUGGUAGACAGCCACUAGAGGUGGAGUUAACCCUGAGAAGUAAUUAUUGCAGUUUCCCAGAAACUGCAAUAGUUACCACUGUAGGGUUAAGGGACAUGGGACAAUGCACCCAGACCACUUCAAUAAGCUGAAGUGGUCUGGGUUCAUAUAAUGUCCCUUUAAGCCCUAAUUCAUUAAUUUAGCUCUUGGAUGAGUAGACUAUCUAAUAAAUCUGUAUAGGAGGUGCCCUCAAGUGAGAGGGUGUCACAUAGUUGCAGUUCCAUUCUGAUAUAUUCAGUAAAUACACUGUUUCAGAUAAAUUUAAGAAGGAGGAUAAAUUCAGGAAGGACUGAUUUGUUUCUAAGGAUACUAUAGAAAUGUACUCUAUAAAGCUGUUUAUACAAACAGAUUCAUACCAGUGGAUAUGAUCUAAGACACACUGAAAGUUUUGUAUAGUAAAGAUUACUGGUCUGGCUAUCUGGUUUCCUUUAUUUUUAUUUGUCACAUUUUUUCACUUAUUGUUUUCUCACUAUUGUUUAAGUUAUUUAUCUUAUGUGGCGUUAAUUUUGAAUAAUAAAGACUACAAACAAAUGGUUUUAGUCAUUAUGUUCUUACUAUGAGGAACGAUAAUAUACGUGUGGUUAUUUUCUGAGGUUAUAGCUCCAAGAUUGGAACUUUAUCAUUAUUAGUAUACUGCCUUUUUCAUUCAGACCACCCCAAAUGAAAUUAUUACAAACAAAUGAUAAUCAUUUGAGGACAUUCAACAUGAGGAUUUCAAACAUCACAGAACUGAGUCUGACUCAUAUGUUGAAGUGGAAGCACCAUCUAGUGGUGAUCAGGAAGACAGCCACUACAGUUAUAGCUAUCCCUGCAAUCUAAACAUUGCUGUAUCUUCAAAAUGACAAUGUUUACAUUGCAGGAUUAAAACAGGGCCACUGCACACAGACUACUUCAUGGAAAUAAAUGUUCUUAAUAUAGUUGAAUUAGAGAAUUAUCCCACAUCAGCUAUGUUUGCUUCAGUUUUGAUAUUUAUGUUUAAUUUGCAAAGAAUUAAAAAUAAGAUGAUGUUGAUAGGGAUAACGCUAAGAACCAGAAGAGGAGAUCUCAACCAUCCAUCCUCUGAAGAUACAUCUACCUGGGGUUGUCACCUCCUUGACUUUAAAAGUCAUACACCUCAAUGGACUCUUACCAAUCAUUUGCUAGGUGCAACAGGACCACAGAGCUGGUAAAAUCUUGACUGUACUUGAUCUUCACUCACUAUUUUGGAUAAACACUAUUCCUACUUGACUGGAGCAGGAAAGACCAAAUGUCAAUACUCCAGUCAUUGCAGAAUUACAACUCCCAUGGUGCUUUGUCAGACUUAUGGCUGGGAGAGCACCGUGGCGUUUUAAUUUUGUAAGAGUCGUGUAUUAAUAUCAUGUGGCCAUCUAUCACUACAAGAAACCUUUUAGCAAUGUAGGAUUUAGGGUGCACCUGCUAAGAAGUUCCAAGUGGGAUUACAAGUACAAACUAAAUAUUGAUUGUGGUUCCAUGAAAAAAGAAAUAUGUAUGAGCUUUUGUGUCUGCCUAUAUUGAGUAAUUUAAAUUCAACUACUGGAGUCAGCUCCAGACUUGGGAAAAAUAGCUGUGGCUAUAACGACAUUGGAGCAUUUUACCAUUUCAGCCAUUUUGCAAACUGGAGUUCAAUUUGCUACAUUUCAUAAAGUGAGUGGUUAAACCCCUAAAUCCAGAUAAUUAAAAAAAAAAAACUAAAACUAAAAUCUAUCUAUUUCAACCUUUGAACACUUCUAUUUAUGCUGUUGAUCCUAAAGUAAUUUGUUGAACUGGAAUUGUAGAAAUGAAAAAAAACUAGUAAUAAAUUAACCAAAUUGUUACUAUAGCAGAGAAAUAAGGAUAUUUACUUUCUAAAUUGAAAACUGUAUUUUUAAAAAUGGUUUAAAAUGGUCAAGCUGUUACUAAAGCUGACUGUGAAUUUACCCAAAUCCUCCAUUGCUGUUUACAUUUUGCAUUUCAAUUUACUAUGAUGAGAAGUUUAGUGAAUAACCCUAUGCUGAGGGUAAGUGAAUUAACCCCUUGGUGUAUAUGAUAACCCUACUGAUAUUAACACAGGACGGCCGAGAAUUAGCUUGUUGUGAGCAGUGAAACGGUUAAGGGUGGGGGAGCAUGAUUGUUCAGGUGCUCCAGUACAAUUGUCCGGAUACUACAGGAUAAAUAAGAGCUCUGUUAAAAAGCUGGGCUUUCUUUUACUUCCUAAGUAUGGGCGUUGCUGCUAAUUAUCAGGUACAGGAUGCUGUAUUGGUUUGGUGAGAAGGUUCUCUUUAUGAUGUUAUGAAUAUAUAUCCGUUGGAGCUGCAGCAAUGUUUGCUAGUGUCCCUAUUAGCCCAAAGUGAGCAGUUGUAUUAUGAGGCAUAUAUUCUAAAAACUACAAGUAAUUUAUCCUUUGAGGGGCCUGUGAAAUUAUAAACUUAACUCAUGUAUUCUCACAAUUAAAACUGUAUUGUCCUCGAACAUGGUGUUCUAGGCUUGGAAUGCUUGAGGGAAACAAUGCUUGUAACAAGUUACUAAUCAAUAAUGGUGGUACUGGGCAGUGAAACCAGCAUUUCUGGCCAUAAAGGUGUUUAAGGGACACUGAGCACCAUAACCACCUAAUCUAAAUGAAGUUAUGGUGCCAGGAGGCCCCCAUGGGCACUACUACUUCUGUUCUCAAAUGGCUUAACCCAAAACCACCAGACAGGGGUGCUGCUGACUGCUCUCAACCAAUCAGUGGUGCCCCUGCUUGGCAGCACUCUGAGAUUUCAAAAACCGGAAUCCGCCAUGGGGUGUUGAGAUCCAUGCUGGAGGCUAGGCUCACUUUGGGGUUUAACCAUUUGAGAACGGUUUAACACCUUAAGGUAAAAGUGCACCUGGUUAUUUUAGAUGAAGUUGUUAUGGUGCCUAAACUAAAUGUGUUGAGCAACAUUUUAAACAUUAAGCAAUGAGCUGGAUAAUUCAAUUUGUUUAACUUCUAGAAGUCAAAAUUCCUCUAUAUAUAAUCUCCCCCUCACCUUGCUUGAAGCUUGUUAAACCUCAUCAUUCCCAUGUACACGGUCUCCUGCUGUAGAGAAUGUUCCUCUUUAACCCCUAAAGGACACAUGAUGUGUGACAUGUCAUGAUUCCUUUUUAUUCCAGAAGUUUGGUCCUUGAGGGGUUAAAGAGGUUUAAAUUUAAAUAUUGGGUUUUCAUUAGUAAUGCAUAAAAGACAACCAAAUUAUUGUGCGGUUUGUAAUAUAAACUGUCACUACAAUGCUGUACCAAGGCUAUAGUUGUUUCUGUGAUUACUAUAACAUUAAAAAAUAUUUUAUAAAACGUUUGACAUAUUACCAAAUUGAUCUACAUUAUAAACAAGCCCACCUUGUUAGAAAUAUAAAAAAAGCUAUUUAAAUUACAUUUCCCACACAGGACUGGCGCCCGGUGUGCAUGUGGGGAGAUCAUUACUAAGCCCUCUGCCCAAUUAUAUGUGUCUCAUAGCGUAGCAUUGUGGAGAGCAGCACAAAGAUUGCAGCACUGUAGCUGCGAUCUCAGUGACAGCCACUAGAGGUGGUCUUAAAAAGAAUGUGAACACUGCCUUUUCUCAAAUGUCAGUAUCUGCAUCCCUAAUACUGCAGGGAUGGUCUCUAAGCACCAGAACAACUACAAUGUCUUGUAGUCACUGGUGCUUUAACAUUAAACCAACCAACUUCUCCAACUAGAAUCCUCAUUGUAACGCUUGCUAUUAACAACUGUCAUGACUCCUACCACUACGUUUAUGGAAAGUGACAUUACUGCAUCUCUAAGAGUUAUUGACACUGCAACGUUGAAAAUGUAUGACUUUUUUUUGUUUUUGACCAAACAUUUGAAUUACCCGUAUUGCUUUGCAGUUUUACUUUUACUUUAGGGCAGCUAUGCAGAUUGGAGAAAGAUCACGACCUCUUCUAGAAACACAACUGUGUUCAGAUCACUGUAGAACUAUAGAUAUCUGUCUGCAAAGUUACUGGUUUAGCUGCUUGAUGUUCUUGGUGACUAGGUGACAUAUUUCUAUUGAUUUCAAGCAAAACAGGUUGGUUGUCUGCAGAGAGAUUAUGAAAGAAGACCAGAUAAUGCUGGGCCCCAGAUAAUGUUUUCUGGCAUAUUAUGACCAGAGCUUACCAACCACGAACAAAAGGGUUUCAAGAGCUUUAACCCAUGCUGUGCUGGGCUACAAAUGUCCCUUUCCACUAAAGUGAUGGAGGAAGGGUUAAGAGGCAGCGAUUGCUCAGAGCACCUGCCUUGCAAAGACGUCUUAUUGAGUAGCAUUGGAAAACUUGAGAAUAGACCGCUUAAAGAUGGUCUGCGGAAGAGGGGUAGGGCUUGCAAAUGCCGCAUAUAAAAGAUCUGCAACAUUUGCUAGCAGUUUUUAGAUACAUCUCCAUAUAAAAGAUGUGUAAUUAAAUGCAUGUUGCCAUUAGGGGUAUGUCUACUAAACAAUAUUUUUAUUUUUAGGUGGGCAAUGGAGUGUCCUUUUAAAGGGAAACCUAUAGCACGCCCCUCCACUGUGGUGCUGAAGGGGUUAAAUCCCUUUAUCACUUACCAGAUCAAGGCGCCGAUGUCCCUUGGUGCUGGGUCAGGUUCUGUCUGCUUCUCCGCCAAUGUUGGGGGAGUGACCCAUUGUGCUCCCCUCCCCCACCCUGGAUGUCCUCAUGCAUAUUGUGAUUAAAGGACCACUAUAGUGCCCUGAGGGUGCCCCCACCCCUCCCGCCCGGCUCUGGGGAGAGGAAAGGGGUAAAAACUUACCCUUUUCCAGCGCUGGGCGGGGAGCUCUCCUCCUCCGAUCCUCCUCCAUUCCUCUCAUUCGGCUGAAUGCGCACGCGCGGCAAGAGCUGCGUGCGCAUUCAUCCGGUCGCAUAGGAAAGCAUUUACAAUGCUUUCCUAUGGACACUUGCAUGCUCUCACUGAUUUUCAGUGAAAAUCACGCAAGCGCCUCUAGCGGCUGUCAAUGAGACAGCCGCUAGAGGAAUUGGAGGAAGGAUUAACCCAUUUAUAAACAUAGCAGUUUCUCUGAAACUGCUAUGUUUAUAAAAAAAGUUAAUCCUAGCUGGACCUGGCACCCAGACCACUUCAUUAAGCUGAAGUGGUCUGGGUGCCUAGAGUGGUCCUUUAAGUCCAGCGUCUGUUAGGUGACCACUUGGCAGUCCCUAACCACCUGGAAGUCCCUCUAGUGGCUGUCUGCCUGUAACUAUCAAACUGCAAUAAUUAAAUUUGCUGGAUUAAGUGGCUUGGGACACUGCACCCAGGCCACUUCAAUAAACUGAAGAGGUCUAGCUGCCUAUUGUGUCCUCUUAAGAAAAUAAAGGGAUGACAUAGCCUAUUCUCUUUAAGGGGUGAUUUCUGUUCAAUUUAUGGUCUCAUAAAGGAAUACACCAAGCACCAUAAUAACUAGACAUUUCUAGUGUUUAUAGUGGCAGGAGUACUCUCCUAAGUUACAAUGGUGAUCUAGACAUGGUCCACUUGGGUACUGUGCCUAGAAGGGUAUUGACUACACUUGGCAGAUGAGGCCCAAAACUAUCAGCCCAUAUUGCGGUUUCUCAUGCUUAUGGAGCUUGCUGGCAUUUCAGAUCUGUUUUGAUAUGUAAACGGUAUAGGUUCUCGCAGUAAUGGCACAAGUAAGCAAAAUAUUGACACCCACACGGGGAUUUACAGCGUUCUUGCCCAUUCCCAUAUUCUGUUUUUGCAUGAGUUUUUUUUAACUUUCCUGACGGCACAACUGCGCUGUGCAGAGCUGCAAUCAUUGCCUGGAUCAGCCCUGCUUAGCUUAAUGAAAACAUCUUGACUACUUCUGCCAAGGUAGACCAGAAUUGGCACUGGCACCAAGGAGGUUCAGGUAAGUUGUAAACAGAUUACUCUGGGAGGACACUCCUGGCACCAUAAUAUCUAUAUAUUGUAUGUUUUAAAGUUGCCAAUCCAAUUCUGACAUUAAAACAUUGACGACUUAAAUCUCUUGCUUGCUUUACAACUCUUGUAGCCCUGUGAUCACAUGACUCAACAAUGAAGUAUUGUAUUAUUGCAGGCAUGAUGUUUGCCACAGCCUGUGGAUCUGGGCUCGUUCAGCGACUAGACUUCUCAUGUGUUGAUGAUGAUAAUGCUGAAGACUUCCAAAGUCCUCAAAAAUGUAACAGCCAACAGACAUGGAGGACUAGCAAUAACACUUACCCCAUUACACCACAGCGGAAUGAAAGAGGACACUCACCAGCCUUGGAAGAUACCCUCGAGCUCAGUCCUUAUAGUGAUUACUCCCCAACACAGGAAGAAUGCCCAGGGAGCCCAUUGCACUACAAUGCAAUGAAAAAACUGAAACUGUGUGACACUCCAUACACUCCAAAAGUAAGGAAUAAUGCAUAAAAGUAGCAUUUGAGGUGUAUAUAUUGGCUAUAGGACACCAGUGUAUUUGUGCUGUGUAGCCUUCAACCAUGAAAUGGAACUGGUCUGUUAAAGUGACACUAUAGUCACCAGAUCUACAGCUUAUUGUAUUCUGGUGAGUAUAAUUAUUCUUUUCAGGCUUUUUGCAGUAAACACUGUCUUUUCAUAGCCCAGGGACACCUCCAGCGGCCCCUCCUCAGAUGGCUACUAGAGGCUCUUCCUGGGGCAGUGCUGCAUAGUGGGCAGCACUGAUGUUCAGCAUCGCUCCACUUUCUUCAUAGAGAUGCAUUGAUUCAAUGCAUCUGAGGGGAUGCUUAUUGGCCAGGGCUGUGUUUGGCCCAGUCUCCAACCCACCUCGACUAUCUUGGUAAAUCGAAUGCUUUUCCUGUGGGAAAGCAUUGAUUAGCUGAGAUAAAUAAUGUCGACCAAAGAAGCGGAUUGGAGGUCGGGCCAGUGUCUGCAGACCUGUGGAAAGUUAGAAAUAAGGUACAUUUUAACGGUUCCUAAGAAGGCGGCCACUUAAAUGGUGUUUUCUGACUAUAUAGGGUCAGAAAUACAUGUUGGUGUUCCUGACCCUAUAGCAUUCCUUUAAACAUUGCUGCUGCAUUCUCUUCUACAGAAUAGAACAGCUAUUUCAAAUUAGAAGAGAAUUGGGGAAGGGGUAAAGUAUUCAGUGUUUGACCAUGAUAUAUGGAAAGUAAGUUAUGCAACACUGGAUGGACUUUAUGUAACUUCUGUUUAAAUGCAAGAAAGAACCUGUAUGAAUGUAAAUUGUAGAUGUGAAUUUGUUGGCCUGUAGUCAGAUAAUGUUACAAUUGUCAUUACCUGGGGGUAUCCAGGCUGGGUAUCAUGUGGUUUGAAUUAUCGUAUUCAGUCUCCUGCACUGGACACUGCGCUAUGUAAGCCUAGAUGAUACAAACUGCAUUUUCUCCUUUGUAGAGUCUCUUGUACAAAACCUUCCCUUCGCCUGGGACCAGAGUACCCUGUAGAGGUCAGAGGCUCUUGCGCUUUGCAGCUGGGACUGGUGCUGACUUUGAUGACCCUGCUCUGGUUAAUAUUAACCCCUUCACCCCUGACACAUACCGCCAAAUGCAGUUUCUGCCAAAUGGCAAAAGGAAGGAUAGAGAAGACUCAUGCAGGUAACCUUGCAGCAAGGGGGAGGCACAGGGAUGCAAGCAAAAACUAACUCGCUGACCAGAAUGAGAGGUUCCUGACUGGUGGAGCCUCUACCUGGUCUGGGAGAGUUAAAUCUGUAUACCCUAUUAUACCUGUUUGGAACUUAACUAUGCAGGCAAAUAUUGUCAUUUAAAUACAGUAUCCAUAUGAUAAAAAGUUGAAGUCCAUUCUAGUAUGGAAUCUCAGUUUGUCUUUGUUGCAGAUCCCUCUGGCACACUUGUAAACUCUAAAUUGCACAUUGUAUGUCCACUUCAAAGUCUGAUUAAAAGGGUUAGUUCACGCAUUAUUGCAAAGUGCACUUUCUCAUGUCUGAAUUGGGCUAUAGCAGGGGUAGGCAACCUACGACACUAGUGCCAUGCACCGCACUCGAGGUGCCUUUGCACGGCACUCAAGGCUGCUAGAGCCAAACAGGCUCUGGCCUAUCAGGAGUCCCAGUAAAACUUCAGAUAUCUGCUAAUACGAAGAGGUGGUGAAGGACAAUCCUCAAUUUAUGCAUUGCAGCACGUAGAGGAAGUGAUCUCAAAGCACUUAGUUCCAGCACUUGUGAAUGGGAAUCCACACAGUAGUAGAGCAGCUCGCAGUUGCUGUUGCAGCUCCUGUCCUUAACCUGUAUCUGGCCGGCCUGGUCCCCACUGGAACCCAGGGAAGCCACCUGCACUGCUAGAUAUACACAGAAAUGCAGAAUAACCCUCCCCUCAUACAAAUAAUACGGACAGCCCACACACAAACAUACACACAAUUCACACAAACGCAACACCAGUAACAAUCCACAUACAUGCACACAACCACACAUGCAGCCUCUCACGUGCAAAACCCCAAACAGCCCCCAGACACUAUAAAACACACAAUGUGACCUAUCCAUCCACACACAAUUCUGCAAGCAGCCCCAUACACAGCCCACAUUCAUAUGUAUCAUACACAAUACCAUAAACUACUCUUGAACAUAUACAAUAUAAUAGCUCAAAUACGCACAAAUACGAUACAAAGCAAUUACAGUAAAAUAACACAAGCAGAAUACGGCAGCAAACACACUUCAAUUUUAAAAAAUAGGACCGGCACGCUACGGGACAUCACAAUCCUAUAUCGGCACAGUGCUGCUAAAAGGUUGCCUACCCCUGGGCUAUAGCAUCAGCACACUAGGGUGAUGUGGGUGUUAACAUUUUGUCCGUGCUUGUUUGUACAUCUACAAUGAGGUAGACAGUCUCCCCUCCAAGAGGAGAACUACAUGCUGCACAUGCCCGUGCUAAAUCAUCAUUUGGCUAUCAGUUUAAAACAGGUCAAAGAAAUUAACAUUUAACUGCUCUGGAAAUAUGUAUAAUCUAUUUUUUUUUUUAACAUUUUUAUUGUAUUGAUUACAAAACAUAAACCAUAAUAGUACACAUAACAAAUAUUAAUCUCAUUUGAUUGGAAUAUAUUUUUGAAUCGCUCCAGUGCUUAAGUAAUCAUUAAACUUGACAAUUUACCAAGUAGGAGUUAUCUUCAAUAAAAAAAAACAUUUACAAUCCACUUUCAUAACCCAUGCAUCCAUAAUGAACGACUAUGCAAUCUAACUGGAACUUCCAUGUGUGGAGGAUUUUAUUCUUUCCUCCUUCUUGACCACUUGACUAAUUUCUCGAAUGGUCAGCAAAACUGAUUGUUCUUUUAGAAAUAUGUAUUUUCUUUCCAAAAUACUCAUGGGCAAGUAAUACUCGCUCUUGGCCUGGUGUGGAGGAAUCUGGCUGGUAACUUAUUUUAAACUUUUUACAUUCUAUUUAAUUGAAUCAAGAUCCACUUGUAAUACAGCACUGUAGAGGUCAUGGACUCUUCUUCUGACCUGGUAUACAUAUAGUACAGAGAAACUUAACCUUCAAAUAAGUACUGAAACUCCACUUAAUAUUAAAUGCUAGAAGCACCAUAAACAGAGGAUGAGGAUUAAUUUCCAAGUGAAACGCCCACCAUACCAAAAGUGAAUUCAGAUAUUUGGGUGUCCAUAAAGUUGGUACCUUCUGUGAUCCAAAUGAAAUCUGAUUCUUUACAUAGAUCCACUGGUGAUCAGACUGUUCUAGGUUUGGCUUUCAUUUUUGACUUCCUGAGACUUGCCCAGCUACAUGUAGUGUAGAUGUAAAUAUUUGUAAAGGCUGAUCAAACUAUACUGGAGUCUUGGAGAUGAGACCUGCUGAGCAGAUACCAGACAUGGGAGGAAGAAACCUUGCCGGUUAUAAACUAGGACCUUACUUCAAAUCUCACUAUGUGUGCAUUCAGUAAUAACUUCUGUGUUCUAUGUGGCUGUACACCUGCUGUCUAGCUAUAAAUUGCUUUGUGGAAAUAUUCACAAGUAUUUAAAGAAACUUUCAAACAGAUGGCAAUGCAACAUGGUUUUCAUUUAAUUUUCUUUAUUACGGUCAUUUAGAUCUGAACCUGCAAAAUAUGGGGAGAGGGAACAUCCUGGACUUCAGUCUAAGGUAUAGUAACUAGAUGGCACUUCAUAAUAAGUAGCAAUUAUGAUUACUAGUAAAACAAACACAUCAUGUGGUACUCUGAGCACAACCAUUAUGGCCUCCUUUAGUGUUGGUGUUACAGGGGCCAUUGGCACCAUCCCAGAGUAAGAUUCCAGGCUGCUUAUGAACAGUGACACUUGGCUUUUCUGGGGCCAACGGUCAGUCCGUUGUGUACUGAUAUGCUAAAGGGAAAGUGUAUAGCUUUACAGCUUAACAUUUCAACUUUGAACAUUAUUGAUUGGCUGAAAGGGUUAGUUGACAGCUCACUGACAAUGCCUAAAGUCUGUAGAGUAAUGCUGAAGUAUGAACUUCACUUCUGCUUCAAUAUAUAUUGAUGCAGAACAGUCUGACAGCUUACUAUGGGAUAGCACCAGGGGACUUCUGGCACUAUACGAUAACAGUGGUUAUGUUUACAGUAUCACUUUUUAAAUUUACCAGCAAAAAUUAGCUGGCAUACAGGAACAGGAGAUGAUGGGGUACCAACUCACAAAUGCAGAGGGUAACUUGUGAUCCCAAAUGCCUUCCUCCCCAAAUUUCUGGGGCCUGGGCACUUGUGUGAAACCCCAGCUGACACAUCAAAGACUAUAUAGUUCUGUCAUUCAAGGACCUGGUUUUUCUGCUUGAAUUCAUAAAUUCCUUAAAAUUGCAGCAACUGGGCAAAAAAAACUGAAUAAACAUUUCACAAGGAAUACUUAAGGGCACCAGAACAGCUUCAUCUAAAUGAAGCUAUAGAGCCAGGAGGCCCCUGGAGGCUCUUGUCUCAAUUGGUUAAACUGUUCUUGACCAGGUUAAAUUGUUUGACUGGCUUGAGGUAAGUCUCCAGGGGCAUCCUGGCACCAUAAAAACGUAACUUAGAUGAAGUUGUUUUGGUGCAUGGAGUGUCCCUUUAACACUGUCAACUAUGCACUGACAAGGUAUACAGAUAUUGCAUGGCUAUUUGGAUGUUUCUAAAGGAAAAUGGAGUGCAAAUUUCCAGUAAUGCAGCAGCACUUAUGGAAACCAAAAGAAAUGUUCCUUUGUCUCUACUUCUAGAAUAUCGCCAGUACUUUAUAAAUUCCCAGUAAAUUAAAUACUCUUCUGUUAAGAUGCUUGUGUAACUGUGACUGACUUCAACGGUUUGCUGAUGAUAAAGUUUCAGAUUAACUUCACUACCUGAAUUUAUCUUCACUUAAAUGUGCUAAAUGUUCUGAAAUUAUUUUAAACUUGUUUAAUCUGGAAGCCAGAUAUGCCUAGUUGGGUCCCAGUCAGUCACUCUGUAAUGCCUUUUUAGUAGCCAUAAAUUGUGUGUACUCACUACAGUAAUAUGCCUUUUAGAAUAUGGUAAGGGUGUUUAGUUAAAAAUCAUGCUUUCAUGAUUUAAUGAUUGAAGUCAAUCACGUAAUGUACUUGACCAGCCCCACCUCUGGUCACAAAUUCAAUCACACUCCAAAGAAGUAAUUUGUUUGACAUUGUUUUAUUUAGGGAAGUGUUCUGGUACAUGUCAAACUCCAAUGGUAAUAUUUAGCUGUUUAACAUGUACUAUGCUACUGCUGUGAAAUGCUAAAUAAAAAUUGUUAGAUGGGUCACUGACUACAAAUUGGAUGUCAAAAAGAACACAACUGUAUCUCAGAUUGGAAAAUGUGUUGGGUUAACUUUAUUUGGUAACUUAUCACUGUGAUCACUAAAAUUUUGCCCCCCUUUCGAAGCAGAGGUUUGUACUGCGAGAGACCAACAUGGUCUCUCGAUACAAGACUGAGUUCCUGGAGAUAGAGAAAAUUGGGGCUGGAGAGUUUGGAUCUGUGUACAAGUGUGUGAAGCGUCUAGAUGGAUGUCUAUAUGCCAUUAAACGUUCCAAGAAGCCACUGGCUGGUUCCACAGAUGAGUGAGUAUAAUGGGCUUUUAGUAGUUCUUAAAGCAUGAUUUUCCUAGCAUGAAUGUGUCCUGUAGUGGUAGAUGCCACUAGCCAAAAACUGAACUAUAAUACCAUGCAAACACGGUCCCAAUUAAGUGUCUCAAACCGUUUAAACUUUAGAGGAACAUUACCUGGCUCCUGCUAAGUGUAGAUAGGGUACUGUUCAGCUCUCCUCUACCAGAUGUGGAAUCUCCUAUGUAAGAGCUUGUUGGCUCUCUUAACCCCUUAAGGACACAUUACAUGUGACAUGUCAUGAUUCCCUUUUAUUCCAGAAGUUUGGUCCUUAAGGGGUUAAAGCAAAGCACUGUACUGACAGGCUUAGCUCUGCGCUCUCAGCUUUGCUGUAGUGGAGGCAGGUAGCAACUCCUGGUGGACCCCAGAUAAGAUUUUUUUUAAAACGGUUUAAUAACCACAAUUUCUGCUGUAGUUAAGCCUCAAGCAAUGACAUGUUUGGAUUAAAAUAGUUAACAAUACAAUAAAUUAGCCUGCGCUGCUAAUAUUUACACCAUUGAGAUCUUCUUUCAUAACGAAUACAGCUGUUUAUAUACCACCCUCAUUUAACCCACUGCUAUCCUGUCACACAGUAGACAUCACUGUUUUGAUUAGUAAUAUACUAUUAGACGUUAUAGGACGGAGUAUCCUGUUCUUAAAAUCUACUUUUCAUGAUUUUCUUUUUUUCCCUCUAUGCAACAAUAUUAACUUAGGUUUUUAAUGAAUUAGCUAUCACUUAUUGCUACUGAGAUAAGGAUUUGCCCAGGCAAUAUUUUUUUUUUUUUAAUUUUAACCUUUUUUUAUUUUUUUUACUAUAUUUAGGAGCUAUUUAGGGGGUUAUCCCCUGCUUUUCCCAACUCCACCACUCUCCUCUCACCAUAUAGGCUAUAGUCACUUGUAGAAAAUAGUGUGCACAUACAUUUCACAAAAAGCAGUUCAGAGACUAAACUGCAGAAAUUUGACCUGCAAUUCCAAUGAGUUAUUUAAGAGUGCCAAAUUUAGCAUCCACUCACUUUAACCAGAAUUUUAUUACAACUUUAAUUUACUUAGUGUUCUGGCCUCAUUGCAACUUCCCUGGCUGAGAUAGAUUGAUACAUCAAUCUAGGAGCAGCAUUUGAUGGGGUACAGUUUGACUUGGUUCUCAAAGGGGAAGUGCCUCUAGUGGCUGUUAUGAAGACACUAGAGGUGAGUUCAACCCUGGGAUGUAAUCACUGCCGUUUCUAUUGCAGGGUUAAAUCUAAAUGAUCUCUGCAUGUAGACCACUUUAUUGAGUUGAAGGGGUCUGGGUGACUUUAGUGGUUCUUUUAAGGAAUUAUAGAAAGGCUAGGAGGUCUAUAAUUCCAUUACAGUAGUGAAGAGACAAUUCAGAGAAUAUUGCCUCAUGAGUAAAUCUGUAACAUUUUUAUCAGUAUUUUAGGGUGAUCUGGUUUCCAACAUUAAUCCUUUGGGGACCACAUUCUUGUCAUGCCCUCUUCUAGUAUAGAACUGCCUUUUUUGCAUUGAGACUUAGUAACAGCUUAGCAUUCGCUAAGUGAGUCUGAUUAACGUAAAGGACCAGUAUAGUGCCAGGAAAACCUACUCUCCACCCUCAGGAUCCCACUCCUGCCGGGCUGAAGGGAAGGGGUUAAUCAGUUACCUUUUUUUCCAGCGCUGGGCUCCCUCGGCGCUGGGACUCUCCUCCCUGGCUGCAUGCGCGGCAAGAGCAGCGCGCACAUUCAGCCAGUCCAUAGGAAAGCAUUCUCAAUGCUUUCCUAUGGACGCUGGUGUCUUCUUACUGUGAAAAUCAGUGAAGCGCAGAAGUGCCUGUCAAUGAGACAGCCACUAGAGGCUGAAUUAACAUAUAGGUAAACCUAGCAGUUUCUCUGAAACUGCAUGUUUACAGCAAAAAGGGUUAACCCUAGCUGGACCUGGCACCUAGACCACUUCAUUAAGCUGAAGUGGUCUGAGUGCCUAUAGUGGUCCACAAAUAACUUUAAAUUUGUAGCAAGAUACAUUCAACUGCCCAAAUAAAAUACUUGUUGGAGUGUUAAUUUCAUAAGGUUAAAAUAAACCCAUGGAAGCAUAAAAUGACUAGAAUACUGGAGUCCUCUGCUGUCAUUGGCUUGCAGGAUCAUGAGCGCAAAUAUAUCCAAUGGAGAGUAUAAAUGAGAAUUUGUGUGGCUUUUUAUAAGAUAUAUAAUCUGUAGCUAUAGGUGGUAUUUUGCAUCAACGUGAUGCAGAACAGUAUUUUGCCUGCUCUAUUGAUUAGUCUGGUCUUUUAGAGGAUGUGUGGGUUUCCUCUCUAAGCAGUGUGGGUAUGAUUGGUGGGAGGCAAUCACUUUGUGGAAUUGCAUUUCAAACCGCCCUGCCUUACUAAGAAAAUCAGAUAUUCUCUUCAAAUUUAUAUGUAUAACCUGUUUUUGCUCUUGAAUUUUGUUCUGUGCAACUUGCCUAUAUACCAUUGCCAGUCUGUCCCUGUCAACAAUGUAGAUUGUCAGUAUGUGGUAGGGGCUGGUCUUGUGUGCCCCUCUUAAACGGUUUAUUAAGCCAUAACAGUAAACCUUAAUCUUGUCCAAUCCUAUAGGCAGUUGGCCCUGAAGGAAGUUUAUGCCCAUGCAGUACUUGGCCACCACCCUCAUGUAGUACGAUACUAUUCCGCCUGGGCUGAGGAUGAUCACAUGAUUAUUCAGAAUGAGUAUUGUAAUGGUAAGAUUGCUCAGCAUCCUUUGACUGUAUUUUCCCAGUCAUGAACAUCCAAAUUUCUCUAACUGGGAAUUAUGAAGAGAUGCAUUGUAAAGAUUUAAAUGAGGGUUCCUGAUAAUCUUUAAUGUAUCCCAUUCAGUGUAUCAUGUGGCAAGAUUUUGAAGAGCAUUCAAGUUUGCUGCUAGAUGGCUUUGAAGUAACUAUUGAAUAUGACAUAAAGUUUAGGUGUAUUAGCUACCUGCUAGGCAAGAUACUAUGUUGCCCUCAUUUACAUUCCCAGUCUUAAAACGGUGGCACAAUAUUAAACAUUUUUGCACACCGGUUACCAGUUAGAAGACAAAGGAUGGGUUCACUCAUAUUUUUUUUUUCUUGAGAAAUAAGUGAAAAAUUGAGUUGUAGCCUUGAGGUGACCAUUCCUCGGAUGGAACACCUAUACUUAGGCUAUUAUUCCUUAUGAAUUGAAACUUUUACAUUUUGACCAAAAUAGUGUCUCUAUAAACCAAUGUAAGUAGAAUACGGAAUAAACAUGCAUGUUACUAAAAACAGACUUUGAAAUAGUUACACAAAAUUAACUGUAUUGUUUUAACCCAAUAAUUAACCUGCAUUACCUCAUUUAUGAAUGCUCUAAGCUGACUGGCAUCUAUGAACUAUUUUACAGUUCUUUGAUGUUUUGGCUUUUUCACUUCAGAAUGUAUUGGGAGUCAGGACAGAUUAAUAUAACAAUUUGAGGUGCACUGCUUUGCUCAUUUUGUCAGAUCUGGCAUUGCUUAAAAUAGUCCUAUUCACUGUAAUUCUGACAUUUUUGAGUAGCUCCUCGGAUGUGUCUCCUCAGGUGGCAGCUUGCAGGAUCUCCUCACACAGAACAAGAAAAGGGGAAUCCUCAUAUUGGAGCAAGAACUGAAAGAAAUUCUCCUACAGGUUUCCAUGGGACUAAAAUAUAUCCACAGCACUGGUCUGGUGCAUAUGGACAUUAAGCCAAGUUAGUGUCUUAUGGGGGUUUGAUUACCUUCAUGCGUACUAAAAUGUUUAGCCUAUGAAAGGGAGCCUUGAAGUAACUAUAGCCUGUAACGGUGUGGGUCAGUGGCGGCUCUAGACUUUGAGGCCUUAGGCGAAACUCAAACAAGAGGCCCCCCCCACUAAUACUCAUAGUAAAAAACAUAGGGGUUGCAUCGUGUGUAUAAUGAGCUGUUGUUAUAUUGAAUGACAGGCUUGCGGUGCUGGAUACAGAGAGCUAGUCUCUGUAUUCAGUGUUGGGGUGAGUGUGGCACGGUUGAAGGAGAAAAUGUGACAGGGCCAGGGGAGGUGAGAGUGACAGGGUGAGUGUGGCAUGGCUUGGCAGGAUGAGUGACAGGAUAGAAGUUAAUGUGAUAGGGUGAAGGGGGAUGAGUUUGACAGUGUUGGGGUUAUGUGUUACACAUAAGGAGGAGGAAGUGUGACAAGGCGAGGGAAAGUGAGUCGGACAGGAUUAUGUGACAGGGUGAGUGUGGCAUGGUUGGGCACAAGUGAAAGGGUUAAUGUGAAAGGGUUGGGGGUGAGUGACAGUAUGAGAGAAGAUGAGUGUGAUAGGGUGAGUGUGGAAGAGCGAGGGCUGGUAACUGUGGUAUGGAUGGAGGGGGUGAGAGCGACAAGAUUAGGAGGUUAAUGUGAGCGAGGCUGGGUGAAGGAGGCAUGACAGCAUGUGGGGGGUGACAGUAUGUGUGUGGAAUUGUGACGGUGGGUAGGUGAGUGUGGGAGGCAGUGUUGGAAACGGUGACAGUGUGUGCAGGGGCAGUGUGUGGGAGGGGUGACUGUAUGUAUUGGUGACAAAAUGGGGUGCAAGUGUGUGAAAGGGUAACAGGGUGAGGGAGCAGUGUGGAGGAAUGUGACAGUUUCGGGGGCAGGGUGUGAGUGGGUGACAGUGUGGAGGAUGGUGACAGUGUGGGUACAGGGUGUGUUACAGUGUGGGAGGGCAGUGAGGGUGGGAGGGUAGUGUUGGGGCAGUGAGGGUUGGGUGGGCAGUGUUGGGGCAGUGAGGGUUGAAGGGAAGUGUAUGUGGGUGGGCAGUGUUUGGAGGGCAGACCUCGUUCUCGCGAGUGCCUGUCAGAGCGUUGCCGUGGUAACCCGCGGCAAUGCUCUGUGUGCUCGCGAGAAACUUAUAUGAUCUGCAGCUCUGCACUCGGCGGAGCUGCACAUCAGAGGCUGGCUCUCCGUGUGGGCAGACCAUGUGGAGGGACCACCCGGCAGCAUACUGGGCAAGCCGCCGGGCCCCCUCUCACUGUCGGGUCCUCACCAUGAACUGAGGACCCGACCGUUCAGUCUGCCCCAAGGCGAUCUUAGGCGGCCGCCUAAUUAGAGAGCCACCUCUGGUGUGGGUGCAAUAUAAAUGGCAAACAAUGGGAUUUUUUUUUUUUUCUCCAAAUUUAAACACUGUGGUCUCUCGUUUCCCAGGUAAUAUUUUUAUCUGUCGGAAGAUUGUUGGGAAUGAAGAGGAUGAAAGUGAUGGAGAAGAUGAUACUUCUACUGCAAGUCUUCUGUACAAGAUUGGUUUGUAUAGAGUACCUUUAUAUGAAGAAAUUUUGAAAACCAUUUUGACAUAAUGAACUCUGGCACUUUAUUUGAUUGGAUCUGUGAAGAUGACACCUCCUGCACUGCCCCACAAAUUUCUAAAUGUAGAACACAAGAGGAAGAGUAUCCCCCAUUAUUUUUUGCCUAGAUUAGGGGUUUUUAAAAAACAAAUGGAAUCCUUCAACAUUAAAGUUUCUGUUUAGUGGAUAGGUGAGUACGCUGGAUUUGUGUAUUGUAUAAUUUGGCCCCCAGCAGCACCCCCAUUUAUGCAUGUUCAGGUGAGUGCAGUCUCCCCCGAGAGAGAGAGAUAUAUAUUUUCUAGGACCAACUGUCCCUUAUACAAUCAAAAUCUAAUAGGUAUCACUUGUUCUUAAGAAUAGACUAUUCUGGGGAAAAACAGUCUUGCUCAUAGUCUCAUCCUUGUCAUGCAACAGCUCUGUCAAUCUGGUCUAGGACUUCUCAGGCUCUACUUCAGAUCUGGCCAGCCUGUUCAAACAAAACCCUUGCUAUCUAUACUGCAUUGACAUGUUCCAGUAAUAUAGCAAUUAGAAUUUAUAGCAUGUAGCUAUAUUAAUGGAUGCGGACAAGUGGGUAGUUUCAUAUAGCUUACCAUUAAUCUGGGAAACAAGGAAAAAUACUGAUGUGAAAUAACCCUGUACAAUAGGGGAGUGCAAUCAAACCAACAUAUAAAUCAUAUACUUAUUGUAUGUUGCUGGUAUUUUGAGCUUGUUUUUGUCAUAACUGAAGGGCAUCAGUUAUGACAAAAACUAGCUCAAAAUACCCACAACAUACAAUAAGUAUCUGAUUUAUAUAUUGGUUUGAUUGCACUCCCCUAUUGUACAAUGAUGAUUUUUUUUUUCAUGUUUGGGUGAUUAGAGGCACAGGGGAUUGUUGCUUUAAAUUGCACCUAAUUUCUUUUAUUUAUCCCAUUAAUCUGAAUUUACAUCCCUGAGAAAGAAAUCCCUUCUGUUAUGUGGGUUUACUGGAGUAUCAGAUGGCGUGGCCAUAGUUUGACAAUAUACUGCAGGGUAAAUAAAAAUUCCCAGGAAUUUACAUAAAGGGACACUGUAGGCACUGUAUCUCCUUCAUCUCAUUAAACUGGUUAGUGUCUGAAUUCCAAGUGCCAUAACUUCAUUCAGCAUUAAACUGUUUUUAAUAGUUUUGUUUUAAUACUAGAGUCCCCCAGCAGACACUCCCCUCUGUGCUGCUUUGGCUAAUGAUGAGGUAUUGGGCUAAGCGUCAAUGGGCAGCUGUGAGUAGUUUGGUGUCAGCUGACCUAUCAAAAGGAACGAAGGGUAUGACUAAAAGUGUAAUCACUGCCUUAGCCACACCUUCAAAAGAGGCCAAACUCUGGGUGGAAAAGUAGCCUUAUUUAGUGUUAAACUGCUCUAAAAAUGAAUGGAGGCAGAGUGCCUGGGGACUCCAGGCACUAUAACAAAUUAAAUGAGAUUUAAAUGAUUAUAGGGAAUACAGUGUCCCUUUAACUGCAUUACCUUAAACUUGGGCUAGAUUAAUUUUAAUUUAUGGAGCCCAGUCCUUCCUAGACUGCCCUUUCAAUCCCAAAAGUAAUCCUGUCGGCAGAGUAUUGGGUCUACUGUUAAGAUUCAGAUGUCACUGCUUGUUUUCCAGGUGAUCUUGGCCAUGUGACCGCUGCCACCAAUCCACAAGUUGAAGAAGGUGACAGUCGCUUCUUGGCCAAUGAGAUUCUUCAGGAGGUAAUGUUAAAUUUGGUUUGUGUACUUAAGAUUCUUUCCUUUGUGAUACUACAGCCUCUCAUUAUAUCAUACGAUGUAUGACACUUGAAGGAGCUGGCAGAAAGUCCACAAACACUGCUUAUUCAACUUGUAGCUAAACAAGUAGUAGCUGUUGGGAAGUAAUCCUCUAGGGCUGCAUUUAACCUUACAAUGGUGUCUUCAAAACUGUACUUUGACAAAGCUGCAGUGGUUGCCUAGGUCAACGGGUCUAGUAAGGUAAAGAUGUUUGUAUGUAAUCCAUAACUCUAGAUGUUAUGCUCAAAGGGCCAUCUCAAAGCUUCUGGGUUUUUGUAUGUGUUUUUAUUUUUUUAAAUUUAAUUAUAUAUAUAUAUAUAUAUAUUUUUUGGUGUUUCAUUUUCUUUUUGAAAACGUCGGAAGUCACCCAGACAACUUCAUCUCAAUGAAGUCAUCUGGGUGCACUGACCUUCUGGUUUUAAUCCUGCAAUGUAAAACUGCAGUUUUGUAGAAACACCCUAACCGCUACUAGAUGCACUUCCUUUUGGGGAACAAACUCACUGUUCUCAAAUGUUUCUAAUGGUGAUUAUCAAUAUUGACAAUCUCUGCAACUGGUGAUACCUAUAUGGUGAAUUAGUAGUCUAGAGAUUGUUUGAAUUAGAUAUAUUUCCAGUACCUAAUUAUUGUGCAUAAAUUACAAAACAAAGGCAAAUGUUCUGCCCAAAAGUCAUCCAUUUAUGUAGUAGGCAUGAAUUGAGCCCUACAGUUUAAGUUUGGCAAAUAAAUGCAUCUAACAUCAAAGUGGAGUAGGCUUGCUUGAAUGGUGCUGUGAGAUUUUUAUUAGUUUUCCCUUCCAGGAUUACAGUCAUCUGCCCAAGGCUGAUAUAUUUGCUCUUGGCCUUACGAUAGCAGUGGCAGCUGGAGCAGGCCCUCUCCCUUGCAAUGACGAAAAUUGGCAUCAUAUCCGGAGGGGCAGCAUCCCAGAAAUUCCACAGCAGCUCUCCUCUGCUUUCCAUGACCUACUUAAGGUAAAAUGGAAUUUGCUGCAGAAACCUGACUUGGACAUGAUUUCAGUGAUAAAUAUUUUCUUAAGUUUAUUCCAGAUGGGUAGAUGUUAAGCUUCUUAAAAUGGAAUAUCUGUAGCUUGUGCCUUAAAAUAUGGACCUCAAUCAGUUAUACUUUACCUUUUAAUGGUCAGGCAUGAAUAGUAAUUUAUAGCUGGAGUCAUUACAUAGACAAACCUACAUAUCUUUGUCCAGUGGACACUAGGUAGAGUGUGUUGUUAUUAAAUAACAUCUUGGCCAAUCCCUGUUAAUGUGGUAAUGACAACUGUCCAUGUCAAAUAUCCUCAAAGUAUCUCAUCCAAUUUACAAUAUAAUUUAAUACUAUUCUAAUACAUUAAAGUUUAGUCCUUUACAUUCGUGACAUACCACCUGGUUACACAGGAUGGGCAAAUCUCCCAACCACCACCUCCUUCCAAAUCGCUUUAUUCAUCAAAUGUAUCUCUCCAACUUGUGCCUCCCAGCCCCUUCUCUGCAUCAGAAGCAACCCAGGCCCACAAUAAGAUUGUAGAGGCACAGAGCACCUGAUCGGAAGCAACCUCAACUCUCCUGGAACUUCCUAUCAAUUGCGGCCUUGUUCAGAGCACCCUCUGUCCCUGAAUCGCCUAGGAGAAUGCUAUCUGAAGGGAUGGGGUGGUGAGGCAUCCAUUGAUACCAAGUAGUUUAGGGAGUUCCAUGUCCCCAUGGAAAGCACUGUGGUUUUUGAACGGGAGUAUCCACCUAGCGUCAUGGAACUCUGUCCUGGAUCGGAGGAUAGCCGCAGCCAGCUAAAUUCUAUCUAAAUCUGGCUAGCAAUCUCAGAGUGCUUUUUGGACACAGUAGGUGCUCUGAAAAGAGCUUCACGGUGACAGCAGUUGUUUGGGGGGUGUGGGCCUGGGAAGCCAGUGCUUCUAUUUGUUAACAGGCGCCUAGGUGUCUAGCUGCUAAUUAAAUUAUCCAUUGAGGUACAGACUCCAAGGUGCUGGGAUUGCUGCUAUUCCAUUCUCCUGGGGACUGUCUGAGGCCCCAGAUAAGUGUGACCAUUGUCCCAAUAAGAUUUUUCACCCUUGACUAAAUUUUCAAUUCGUGUUUGGGUGAGACUGCUAUAAUCACUGUUCUAUGUGCUGCAAGGUGUAAUCCCAAAGGGAAAGGAUAUCCUUUGCAGUGACACUCGGGUACCCCUAAGAGACUGCCACAACAUUUGUACCAUAUUUCACUGGGAUUGUAUGACUAAUGUUAAAAUCAAAGGAUGCUUAUAAUCUUCCCUGCCAUGAGGAAUAAAUUUUUAAUAACUGUCAAACUAAACCGGGUCACCAUAUAUAAAUAUUUAAUGGUCAAAUUAAGCAGACCUUGACUUAAUAUGGUUUAUUCGAUAUAGGUAUUGAUCCAUCCAGACCCCAUUGUGAGACCCCCAGCUGCUGCUCUUGCAAAGAACCCAGUUUUGAGACGAUCUGUUGGGAAGGCAGCUCAACUCCAGAAGCAGCUUAAUGUGGAGAAGUUCAAGACUGCCAUGCUUGAGAGGUGAUCUGGUGUGACAUUUACAAACUGACUUGCACAUGAAUAGUUUCUAAUACAUGGGAAUCAAGGUAGCUUUUGCUUGUAGAGAACUGCUUGAGUUUAUAUUUGCUUGAAUCCAUCCCAAGUAUUAAAGGGACACUGUACGCACCCAGACCACUUCAGCCCAUUGAAGUGCUCAGGGUGCAAACUACCAUCACCCUUAACCCAGCAAGUGUAAUUAUUGCAGUUUUUAUAAACUACAAUAAUUGCAUUGCAGGGUUAAGUCAUCCUCUAGUGGCUGUCUACCAGACAGCCACUAGAGGGACUUCCGGCUUUUUGGACUACUUUUGGUCAUCCAAACGAUGCUGGACGUCCUCACGCUAAUCAUUAGGACCUCCAGCAUUGCCAGAAUCCCCAGCAAUGCAUGCGCAUUGGGUCCCCCCUGCUGGCGGGGGAGGCGUGUGGACUGAGCCUGACCCAGUGCUUAGGGACAUCGGCGCUGGAUUCAGGUAAGUCUGAAAGGGGUUUUAACACCUUCAGUGACAUGGGAUGGGAGGGAGGGGGCACUGCAGGAUUCUACAGUGCCAGGAAAACUGUUUUACUGCCACUAGAGAAUCCCUUUAAGAUUAUCUAUAUGCAGUAGCAUAAUUUACAGCAUAUGCAGCAGUAAAACAUGGGACUAAUAGUACAAAAACUGGCUUCCUGGAUUUUGACAGAGCAUAACUGCAUAAAUGUAGCAUUAAACAGAUGCUAGAUGACUUGCUUUGCUGUAAAGAAUGUCUAAAGUGGAAUACAUUCUUUAAAAUGUGACUUUCAAAUUCUAUUUGUCUUUUUUUUUUUUUUUCUUACUGUUACCCCCAUGUAUGGGGUUAACUGUAAAUAUAACUUACUGCAGCCCUGACUGGCUAAGUGACAGCUAGCUUCUUUGAUCAGGAUUAGGAGUGGGCAACCUUUGGCACUCUAGAUGUGGUGGGCUUUAGGAGCAUUCUGAAAGUUUCCUACAUUUACACAAUGAUUUUUCCCAGGGUGCAUACUUAUGUAUGUUUUGAUGACCUGCAGUCCCUGUCUAUACUAUCUUCGACUGCAGUUUGUAAUAUAACUGGAAAGCUGUAUUUAAAGCUAAUGAAGCUUUCAAAGUUGAUUUGUUGCCUCUUCUCAUCCACAGGGAACUGAAAGCGGCAAAGUUAGCCCACAAUUCUGGAAAGGAUGUCUGCUCUGAUCUCCCCUCAAAGCAGGACUUGAUCUGCUCGGGCAGAAAGCGCCUUGUAGGUGGUAAAAAUUCACGCUCCCUGAGCUUUACCUGUGGGGGCUGUUAGUCAUUUAGAGACUUCAUCUGGCUCAGAAUGAAACAGUUACCCCUCUUUAGCCCUACUGACAUGAUCAAUGUCCCAUAUGAACAAUUCCUCUUUCCUUUUACUAUUUGGCAUCAUAUGAUUACAAGGCAAGGAGGGCUAGCCUUUGCAUUGUAGCUGCUUACAAACUAGAAGCAGGACUUCAUAGGAAAAGAUGCUCAGACCUCUGCAAUGCAAGGAACUACCACUGCCUUGGGGGUAGAACAAUUAUUUUGUAAAUAGUCUUGUGUAUCCCUCUCCCCAUAUUCUGGAACAAUAACAUGGAGCUGGAUCCUAUUCCUGGCAAAAGCAAUUACCUGGCUAACUAGAUCUUGGCAAAACAAACUCCUGGUACAUAUGUAACGCCUGAAUCUGAGCGAAAGGAUCCAUAAAUCUAGUCUUCAUAAAAUGUUCUAGCUGUUUCAAACUUUUAUUAAUUUAUAAAUUUAAAAUGAAAAUGUCC